GGGUUGGUCAGUCUGAUCCAGACACUGUAUAAAUGAAAGGCCAGUAAGAAGAGCAGAUCAAACACCUAACAGGAGGAGACUCACUCAUGGCCUAUGAGACAGAGGAUCAUGAGACUCAAUACUGCUUUCCUGCCAUCAACUCAUCAUGUAUCAAGGGAAAACACUCCAGUCAUGAAUACAAUAUCAUGUAUGUGUUUGUAUCUUUGCUGUCUGCAUGGACUGUGUUUCUGAACCUGCUGGUGAUCAUCUCCAUCUCUCACUUCAAGAAGCUUCACACUCCAACCAACCUGAUCAUUCUCUCUCUGGCUGUUUCAGACCUGCUUAUUGGACUUGUCAUGCCCAUAGAAGCCACCAGGUUGAUCGAGAUGUGUUGGUACUUUGGAGACACUUUCUGUGGACUCUAUUUAAUAUUUAUUACAGUGCUUCUUUCAGCAUCUCUUAGCAAUUUAGUUUUAAUAGCUAUUGAUCGUUAUGUAGCUGUGUGUCACCCUUUACUGUACCCACAGAAAAUAACCACAGCUAAAAUGUUAGUGAGCAUCUGUCUGAGCUGGGUUUGCUCCUCAACUUAUAACUCUGCAUUUGUAAUUAAUAAUAGAUAUUUAGACACUUCACAGAAAACAGAUGUUAUGAUGGGUUUUGCCUGGAGAGUCACUGAUCUAUUCAUGGCUUUUAUUUUUCCUUGUACCCUGAUCAUAACUUUAUAUUUGAGGAUAUUUUAUGUUGUGCAUCAGCAAGUGAAAGUUAUAAACUCUCUGAUGAAGGGUGGUAAAUGUGUAAUGGAAGGUUCAGUGAGGAGGAAAUCUGAGAGCAAAGCUGCUCUGACAUUAGGAAUCAUUGUGAAAGUUUAUCUGCUCUGCUGGAUUCCGUACUAUAUCUGUUCUAUGUCAGUAACCUCUUCCACAACCAAAAACGUUUUGACAUGGGCUGUGUAUGUUAACUCAGGUCUGAAUCCUCUGGUCUAUGCUUUAUUUUAUCCCUGGUUUAAAAAAACAGUUAAACACAUCCUAACCCUGAAAAUAUUUCAGCCAGCAUCCUCUCUGGUCAAUAUUUUUACAGAACUUCAAUUAUAAUUGUAAACUGGUAAAGUUGUCACUCAUAAAGGUAGAUGUGAUUAUUUUUGAAUAAUUUAUAUUUGUAAUUUACACUACAUGUAUCUUAAUAGUAUAUAGCUCAUUUCAGAGAGUACGUUUGCUGCAUUUUAUGUUGAAAUGCAGAUAUCGCCAGAAUUGAACAAUUAAUUAAACUUUAUAUAUUAAUUCUCAAAUAGAAAGUGUGUACCACAGUAUACAUACUAUUUAAUUUCUUGUAAGAGGCAUGAGAAAGAAUAUUUCAUCCAGUUCUGUUCAUACUUGAGUCUGUUUGAAGUAUGUGUGUCACAUGACUUGGUUCAAAUUUUCUCUGCUGGUUUUGUCAGUUUGACCUAAAGCCAACAUAUCCACCCACAGUGCUGGACAUUCUUAAAAAUAAGCAUAUAUUAAUCUUUCUUUUCUUCAGAAAAAAAAAGCAGCAAAACAACUGCUAAUAUUAAUUGUGAACAUUGUUGUCAUAUGUUGCUCAUGCUGUUAUUUACCGCAUUUUGAAAAGAUAUGUUGCCAGAUUAGGAUAAGAAAAAAGGUAUUGACAAUUACACAGUAUUGACAAUCAGUGGUGUCUCAAGGUAAACUGGACCCCCUAUACAGCUUAUUGAAUUAUUGCGGAUUCCGGGGUGACAGGUGGGGGGGCCAGUAGAAAUCUUGUUCCAGGACCAGGGCCCUUAGGAAAGAUCCUUAUAGGGCCUCCUGGCCUCUGGGCCCACAGUACACAGUUCACCUUCUCAAUCUGUGUAUUCUGAGUUUAAAAAACAUUUGUGCAAAUGUUAAUAUUCACAUUUAAAACUGUUAUUAUUACACUUAGUUGACUACAUCUUUGCAUUUUUAACUUGCAGGGUUUCACACAGCUCAUUUUAUUGUAGAACAGGGGUGUCCAACCCUGUUCCUGGAUGGCUACCAUCCUGCAGAGUUUAGCUCCAACCCUGACCAAACACACCUGAAAAAUCUAACCAAAGUUUUCAGGAUUACAUAGAAAAUUAUAUGUUGUAUCAUAAAUGACAUUAUAUGAUUGAUUAUGGAUGGAGCUAAACCCUGCAGUACAGUGGACCUCAAGGGCUAGAGUUGUCCAACCCAUGACGAGACAGUUCAGCAGUUUUCUCUCUCUCUCUGUGUGUGUGUGUGUGUGUGUGUGUGUGUGUGCGUGUGUGUGCAGUAUUUCACACCUUUAAUGAACGGUUCAGUGGAGGAUCAUCUCCAAAGUAACAAUACAUGCAGAAAAUAAAUCAUAACAAUUAUAAUUGGGCCUCUGAGUUUUUACAUGAUUGAUGUUUUCUGACAUCAGUAAGUGUAAACAAACUGAACAAAAACAUGUCACUAUAUACAACAGAUCAACCCAUGUGACUACCGAGAGAGGCCUACCCACAGUUGCAAAGCCCAUUGUAUUUACAUCAAAUAAUAAUUAUUUUAUUAUUUAAUUUUAAUAUACUGAAAAAAAGAAAGAAGUGACCAGGCUCUAAUACAUUUUUAACUGACAGAAUAUAACAGUAACAAACUGAUCCUUAAUUCAUGAGUGCAUUUUAUUUGUUAGGAUCUGCUAAAUCUUAUGAAGAUUUUACCAGAAAAAGUCAUUCGGGUCAUAAUCUGGCUUGAUUACUGUUGUGCAAUUAAAGAAAAAAAAAAAAAAAAAAAAAAAAUCUGUCAUUAUUUUUACCCUCACAUCUUCCAAAGUAGAACCCAAAAGGACAAAUUCUGAAGACCAUUUUCCAUGCAAUCACAAUAAAUACAGAAUAAAGCUCCAUAACAAUAUCAUAAAAGUGGUCCAUUGUGUGCUACAUGAUGGCUUUAUGUGAGUUUCAUGAGAGUAGUUCUGAUGUCUGAUUCAUGAAUUAAUCAUUGUUUUGAGUGUUUUUGGUGAAAUGAUCUGGAUGAUUUGUUUAUACAAAUUGGUCUGAUCCAGACAUAUCACACUAAACUACAGUAUUAUAGUGCUUUAGAAGACUUUAUAGCACAGAAUUGUAUGGACCACUUUUCUAUACUUUUAUGAUACUUUGUAUCCUUUUUUGAAGCCAGUUUUACACCUCAGCCACUAGAGGGCAAAAUCUUCCAUACUGCAAUUUUCAGAUAUUUCAACCAGUGCUCGAAAUGGUACACAGUACCGGUGUAGUGCCGAAUUUCAACACCCUGCCAAUUUUCAAU